AUGGAGGCUAACUCCAUUGCAGCACAGGCUGCCAACACAGCCAAACAGAUGGCUGAAGGAAAAAACAAACGCCAAUACGACAAGACUCGAGGCGACAGAGAUGCUCCUGGCGGCAGAAGCAACCGCUCCAGGAACCAAAAUGGCCGCAAUAACAAACGCAGCAAUGGCACAAGCAACGGCAACGGCAACAAAACUAACCAGGACAAGAACUGGUGUAACCAUAGCCGUUGCAAAAACCUUCAGACCAAGCACCUCUGGAAGAAUUGCUUCUGGAACCCAAACAACCCACGCAACAAGCUUGGUUCCGACCAAGGCAAUGAUGCCAACAAAAAAACAAAAACAAGCCACAAUGGCUGCAUUGCCAUGCAGGUCGAUGACGACACUGGCACUGCAUUUAAGGAAGGACCUGCUCCCAGAGCAUAUGAUCCCGAGUUCAAAUGCCUCCCAAUGCACGAACGCUUUGCAUGGUUGGCCACCAAAGACAUGCUCGACCAAUCCCAAGUCCAACACCUUUGGAUGCGGGCCGAACUCAAACGAAUUGCCCAGGACUGA